AUGGCUGGAGCAUUAGGAUUUAGUAGCCUAGCGCCUAAGACAAAGAAUUUCAUAGUUGCUGGAGGAUUGACAACUUUUGUGUUUGGGGCAUACUUCUACACCAUGAGAGCUGUUGGAGGUACUGAUGAAUUACAGGUAGCCAUAGAUAAGUUUGAAGCAGACAAGAGCACUAAAGCGGGUGAACCAACAAUUCCAUCAAAGGUCUAA